UCUAGAAAUUCAAUGCCUAAAUAAAGAAUAUAUCUCUUUAUUAGCAUAUUUAAUCACUAAGAGAGAGGACGUGUCCCUCUGUAAAACCCAACAUAACAUACAGAAUAUAAGCCUCAAAGAACAUUUCAAAGGAACAUAAACGAUAAGGGUACAAUAUCCUCUGGUUUCUAACAAAAAUAAUUUUAGCAAAAGAAUUCAUGGCGUCAGAGCCCAGUGGCGUGCAUGAAAAUGGUACAUCUUCAACUUGUGUUGAAAAUGGACAGCCACUGUCGACUGAAAGAACAGAUUACAAGAAUAAAAUCGUGAGACACCCUCGAUGGAGGAGACAAGAAACACUUUUCCUCAUAGAAGGCAAGAAGGUUGCAGAGGAUCGAGGGCUAAAGGGUAGAAGAUCCAGUUCAAUUUUCGGGUCGGACCAGUAUGAGCCGAAGUGGGACUCGGUCUCAUCAUACUGUAGACAGCGAGGAGUGAACCGAGGACCAGUUCAAUGCCGGAAAAGAUGGAGUAACCUCGUCUGUGAUUUCAGGAAGAUAAAAAUGUGGGAGUCUCGGGUAAAAGGAGUUAAUGAAUCGUUCUGGACAAUGAGAAGCGAUUUAAGAAGGGAUAGGAGACUUCCUGGUUUCUUUGAUCGAGAAGUCUAUGAUGUCUUGGACGGAAAAACAUUCACAGACGAUGCAUAUCGACUAGCACUUGUGCCAGUAAGUCCAGAUGAAAAUAAUGGUUACAGCAUAGAUGGGGUUGAAGCUGAAGAUGAGGAUGAAAUGGUGGAGGACGAGGAGGGCGAGGCAGUUUUCCAUGGAAAACAUCACAGCAUACCAGAGGAUCGCAUUUUCCCAGAAUUUGAACAGGUAGCACAAGAUGAAAUAGGGGAGAGUCAAGGAAAUGAAAAGGCUACAAAAGAUGACAGAACAAAGCCAAUUCCUUCACCAGUGCCAAUAUCAGAGAAAAAAUAUCAACCACAUCAUGAGGCAUAUUCAAAUCGAGGUACAGAAAGAGGGAAACGGCCACAACCAAAUUUCGAGACAGGAUCUACCAUGUUUCAGGAGGGAGUGACGAGAAGAAGAUUUUCAUCAGAUGGAUGUCAAAUUAUUGACGCAACGGAUCGCUUAAUCAGAGUUCUCCAGAGUAACGCCAUUCUUCUGAAUGCGCAACUUGAAGCUCAAAAUAUGAACCGUCAAGUUGACAGAGAGCAGCGAAAUGACCAGCACAACAGUUUAGUCAUUGCUCUAAACAAGAUUACUGAUGCACUAGCAAAAAUUGCUGAUAAGUUGUAACUGCGAGCAUCCAUAAAUACCUAUUGUAUGUUAUGUGCGAUCCAGUGCUAUCCUAUCCAUCUUACCAAACAUGACACUAUAAUCCGUGAAGUGUUCUUGUUCAGUACUUUAGAGUAAGGAGAACAAAAGUAGGGUUUUCAGUGAAUUUCUAAGACUUCUCCUGAAUUUUCAAUCUUAGCCAAUCUGCUUGUACGAUAAUUUGACUAAUUCUUUGGCAAAUUGUCGUAUCAUCGGCCAUUAUGUACUGUAAAUGAAUAUCUUAAGUUGGCAUAUUUCAGUAAAAAUUGGAACUCUAGCGUAAUGGCUGGAGA